AUGAACCCCAUUUUCCUUGAGCCCCAUCUCGGCGACCCAGGGGUUUCUCGAAGGAAAUCGCGCAAUGAUGCUGCUACUGGAGCAUCGGCUGCGGGCGUCCGCGCCCUCAGUGCGCAGAUGGUGGCUUUCUAUUUCCGGGCCCCGAUCAAGGCCUUCUUUCGCACUCGCGUUGAUGUCGGUGCCGUUCUAUAUACAUCCUACCUUCAAGUCCUUGGAGCCCUCCAUGAACCCGUUUCGCAGGGCGUCAAGCGAGUGUGGCCUCCGGCUCCUCCGUCGGCCACCUUCACCGCAGGGUUUGCGGCCGGCACCAUCCAAUCGAUCGUGGCCGCCCCCUUAGAUGCCCUACAGGUUCGCUUUCAGACAAACGACAUGCUAGAUGGCCAAUAUCGCAGUAUGUGGCAUUAUGGGCACCAUAAACUGAAGCAGAUCGGCCUACGGGGAGUCUUCGCCGGGUGGAGUCUCUCCUUCCUGCGAGACUCGAUGGGCUAUGCCGUUUUCUUCUCUGCUUUUGAAUACAUCAAGUCGCAGUCGUACUACUCCUUCACCACUUGGUACUAUGGGGCGCUACGUGCCGAAACGGUGGACAUGCUGCCUUCUCCUGGGGCCAGCGACCGGGGAGUGCCUCUCAUCAAGCCACACUAUGCCUUGGAGCCCUGCUUUCUCAUGAUGGCGGGCGUGGUGGCAUCUGUGGCCCAGCAGACUAUUCAACACCCGCUCAGCCGAGUCCAAGACCUCCACCUGGGUCGCUUGGAGUAUCUCGACCACCAGGCGAGUCUGGAUCCCUCGCGGAAGCAGAUGCUGCGGCUGUACUACCACGCCUACCAGGAGACCUGGAAACGGUGCCGACGCAAGGCUGCGCGGGCCGGGGGUGGCGGGCGUGGCUCUUCCGUGGGUUUGGCGGCAGUGCGCUUCGCCAAGUGCCCAGCACCAGUGCGGGUCUGGUGA